GCGACAUCCGUUUGCCAAUUUAAUGAAAGUUUGGGUAGCGGUGAGUGAAUCUUGAAUGGUUGAUAUGUCUGAAUGCUAGAUUUUCGUUCAUUUUUUCCUUUUUUUUUUUCAAUGCAGAAUGAUCGAGAUCCUGAAGAUACUGCUUACACAACUGAUGAUGUGAAAAAUAAAGCAGAAAGUUUGAAAAAAGAAUACCCAGAUUGGAAAGAAACUCGGGAUGAACUGGAAAACACACUGAUCAGGAAAAAUUUACAAUUCGGAUUCGCUGUCAUGGAAAAAUUCAAAGCUGAUCUAAACAUAACUGUUGCAGACGCCAUCAAACAAAAAAUCAAAAAUCACGAUUUAGUCGAUGCGUACACUUCAUUGGCACAAUAUGUGAACGAUAAACACGAUUAUAUGGCUACGGUCAUGCUUAGACAUUCGAAUGGUCAUGAUCGCUGGGCAGUUUGGAUCAUGAUGAUAGGCAUCACUACUCGCGAUGACUGGCCCAAGAUCGACGAUGCUUUCAAAAAAAUCAACAAUGGGGUAUCAUUAACGGAUCAUCUUUUGAAAGUUAACGAUCCUGAUCGAAUUCCUUUUGAAAUGAUGGCUGCGAUGAUAGAUCCAAAGUACAAGCCAACCUACCUUUGAAUAUUUUUAGAGAAUGAAUUUUUUUUUAAAAAUCGUGAUUUAUUGUAGGUAGAAAAGUGAAUAAACGAGUUUUAUAAAUUAUUGUGUCCUGUUCUUUUUACUGAAAACUAUGAACUCAUAGGAGUCAGAAUGAUCAACAUCGAAGAAAAAAAUGAAAAUUAUGCUAUGAAAAUAAAUUUAAACCCAUAAUUAUAUCAACACAAUUCGAUUCCCGUGAAAACUGUAAUACUUUGUGCUACCUACC